UGAAAAAUGGAGUAAAAUAGGAAAUUGAAGGUGGGAAAAUUUUUAUUUCACUUUGUCGCAAAGAAUCUAGAAACGACUUUGAGCCUGCGGUGAACGGAUACGCGGCUUCACUAGUUUAGAAAAACAAAAAUGGCGGAAGGAUUGGAACAAGAAGAAGACGUUGAAGAAACGAAACAAGAACAAGUAUACUACGACCAUCCUGUCUAUAAAGAAAUAUCACUGACUAAUGGCAAGAUCAAUAAGAUGAAGAAAAAUGAAGUGAGAAGCAUUUUAAUUGAAAUGGGUCUUGAUGCAAGAGGAGUUAAAGAGGUAGUACAGAAGCGACUUAAAAGUCAUAUCAAAAAAGAGAAGCUUUUACAAGCUAAAUUAGAACAAGAGAAAAAGAAAGUUUUACAUUACUACUGCGUGAUUGAUUUUGAAGCAACUUGUGAAAAGGAUAACCCAGAGGGCUAUAAACACGAGAUCAUUGAAUUUCCUGCUGUGCUUGUCGAUGCUAAGACCUUGGAAGUGGUGGAUGUUUUUCAUCAAUACUGUAAACCUUUACUAAAACCAAUUCUAUCAGAAUUCUGCACUGAAUUGACUGGAAUAACUCAGGAAAUGGUAGACAAAUCCCCAUCGUUUCCUCAAGUUUUUGAUGAUUUCAACAUAUGGCUCAGAGAACAUGAACUUGGUACACAAUAUAAAUUUGCUGUUGUUACUGAUGGGCCUUGGGAUAUAUCAAGAUUUCUAAAACUACAAUGUGAUAUUUGUAGAAUAACUCUACCAAAAUGGUCCUCAAGAUGGAUCAACAUUAGAAAGCAUUAUCGUAAUUACUACAAAACUGGAUGCAAGCUGAAUGAAAUGCUGGAGAAUUUAGGUUUAAUCUUUGAAGGCAGGCCACAUUCUGGCAUAGAUGACUCAAAGAAUAUUGCUAGAGUAUUGAUAAAAUUGAUUGAGGAUGGCUGUGAGCCAUAUUUUAAUGAAAAGCUGAAAUGAAUUAGUAUAUUUAAAUUCUAGCACACAUUUUAUUUGAGGUAGGGUUAGUGGAUAAAUUAAUAUUUAUUACAAAACUAUAGCAGUUAUUGAUCAAGCAUCAGUUAGAUGGAAUUAUGGCGGACUGUAUUAUAAAAAUAGUUCACUUGACUGGCAGUUCCCUACACCAUCUCAAAAAGGUAUCUUGUCCUGUGCAUGAACAUGUGAAUAAUUGUCCAAGGUGUUGAAAAAGGUCUCUAUCAUCAUAAGAUCACCACCAUUCUUGCCUUGCUUUCACAGGAAUGGUUAUCUUUCAAGAUGAUGCACAGAACUGUGAAGAAUAUGUGAAAAAAUGGAUGUAUAGGUACUGAGCCCUCAUGAUAGAAAUUCAUCAAAACUCCAUUUUCUCUUUUUCAUUUCAAUGUGAUCACUUUUGGGUCACACCAUUCUAAAAAAUCUGAAAAGCUAUCGGAUAGUUGUAGAAAAUAUCCUUACUUUUUUACAAAACAAAGGAAUAUGUUUGUGAAGAUAUCAUUUUCACAUUAGAAAUAAUACACGUAUGAUAUACAAUUGUAAUUGAGACUUUUAGCUCCAAAAAAUAUCCAUAUACUUCCCAAAUAAAAUAAUUUCAGAAGGGGGUCUAAAUCGGAGUAGAUCAAAAAAAAAAAUUUUAUGUAAGGAUGUUUGGGAUAUUUUUUUUACAUUUAAUUUAAAAAUCUAAUCAUUAUAGUUAGAACUUCAUCAAACUUUUAAAAAGGUACUUAAGAACUUAUGCAAUAAAAUGGUUUUUCCUUUA